GACCUGAAGAUCAAGACGGAAUCAAAUUACACAAAUCAAUAGGCAGUCUCAUUUGUUUUGAAGUUGUGUUUUUACACAGAAUGUCUAUGAUUAUAUCUUUUCUGUGUCAUUAAAAAUAACUACAGAACUAACUGUGUGUUAAAAAAUAAUUACAAAACUUGCAUUUUAUUGGACCUAAAUGAUCAUUGCUCUUCAAAUUUAUCAAUUGUACAAUGUAAUGCUAUUAUAUUGCUAUUUUGUACAGCAAGAUAUAAAAUUUGGUUGGAGCGUGAUGCUGUAAUAUUUCAAAAUCAUAACCAAGUAUAAAUAAUGUUAUUAUGAAAAUUAGAAACUCACUUAUAAUGAGAAGAAAUAUAGAAAAAGUGAGAAAGGAAUUUUAUUAUACAAAAGAACUUGCCAUGAUAUGUUAUAACUUGUGACUAUCGGUAAUUAUAAAAUUUUGUGUUUUCAUGCUGAAUAAUUAAAAAUAAACUAAUACAAAAUCAAAGAAUAAUUUAUUGGAACUCCCUGGAUUAUAUGGAAUGGAAAUAUUACAUCUGAUGGAAUUAUCUUGAUGUUACUUAUUGUUACUGAUGUAUAUUAUGUUUGUUCACUUUUGGUACACAAUAUGUCUUCAUUUAUAAUUAAUUUAUCUCUAAUUUACUUAUUGAACAAUCCACAUUGUGGAUCCAUUAAAAAAAAUCAAAGGUUCACUUUGCAAGUCUGCGAGUUGUGAUGUCUGUCUCACCAGGAUUACUUGAUUUACCUAAUGAAGUCUUAUUGCACAUUUUCAGUUUUCUUGAACUUGACGAUCUUAACAGGGUUUUUCUCACAAGUUGGCGAUGUAAGCAACUUUCAGAAAAUGAACAACUUUGGAAAACUUUAUGUAAAAAGCACUGGUUAUUGACAGAAAGGAAGUCAAAUUCAGAAACAUGGAAAGAAAACUUUAUUUUAUAUUACAAAGAUUUUGGUCGAUAUAUACAGUCAUAUCCGAUUAUCUUCAGUUCAUGGACUAAUUUGAUUGAUAUACUUCGCAUUCAUUCACCGAAAAUUAUAUCAACAUUAAAAGAUGGGCUCAGUGAAUCAGAUCUAGAUCAAUUUGAAGAAGAAUAUACAUGUAAGCUGCCAGAGGCAUUGCGCUUAUUCUAUAGGAUAUGUGGGGGACAGGAUUCUCAGGAUUCCAAUACUCCAGGAUUAUUUGGAAGUUUUGCAAACGUAUACGCAGUUGAUUUAAACAAUUAUAUAUUUCGUUCACUACCUUGCCUCACACAAGUCCAUUCGCAUCUAGAAAAAUCGGACGUUAAUUCUCAACUAUUGACGUUGUGUGAUACAAACUGUGGAAUUGAUUAUUGCUUGGUUCUUCCACACACUAUCUCGAAAGAAGUGACACAUAUGGAAGGUGCUCCGAAACCGUAUUCGGUAGUUUGGACAUCUGCGAACCAAAUAUUUUCUGCUUUUAAUUCUUUUGAAGAAUGGUUUUUGGAUUAUGUUGAGAAAGUUAGUUUUGGUCAAUAUCACAUUGAUGGUGGUCUCAUUUUAAGGUAUGACUAUGAACCUGAAUUUGUUGCUCAAACAGGACCGAUAACAGUGAAAGCUGGGUGGACGCGUUCACAGGCAUUGGCACACGAAAACAUGCUGUUUGAAUAUAGAAUUACAAUGUCUAUGGAUGAAGAUGCCAAACCAGCAGAUUCGUGUCGAUUGUUGGAAAGGCAUUGGAUUAUCAAGCAUUUCGAGAAUGGAAAAGAGGAGAAAGUCAGUGGGCCAGGAGUUGUUGGUGAAUUUCCUGUGAUGAAACCUGGUUCUAAGUACUCAUGGAUGAGUCGAACUUAUUUUCAGAUCUCCAGGUGGAUCAAUGGAAGGACAUUUCACAAUGCGAAAUCUCAGAACUUCAAAUAUAAUUAAAGUUGAAUGUCCAAGAUAUGUUAUGAAGCAUCCACUACCAGUAUGACAAUGCUUAUAAGACCGAAAUCUCCUGUAUAUUGUGGCGAAACGAUCAUCCUGGAUCAGAGUUCAUCAACCGGUUGUGGCAAAAACUUUGAAGGGUUUGCGGCAUCGAUAAUGUGUACUGAAUGUUAUAGCAUAUACACUAGUGCACAAUGAACUACUUUCAAGUGGUUUAAGAGUGAGUUGGCAAAUAAAGCACAACGAAUGUGUUUAAACUCAUGCACAACGUAUGUCUGGCUUUUCCCAAGUAUUUGCUACAUGCUUAUUGAAAUAACUUUUGUAGUACAUCAAUUAGCUGUAGUCCGUGAAACUGGAAAUGAUUUGGACAGAGUAAGUUAAGAAAAUGUUAUUUGGUCUUGAGGUAAUUACCUCUUAUAUCUCCAAGAGCAACUUUUAUAGUUAUUCCAAAGUAUUGUCGGUAUAAACUUGCAUAACUUUUAAACAUUGUGUUUUGUUAGUUGGAACGUAGGGUGUUUGAGGUGUACCAUUUCAA